GCCCAAAGUUUAGCAGCACGCUACCGGAGCACGAACAAUUCCUUCGGACUCCUCUCCGUGACCUGGCCAGAGUUUCUGGAACAUCUUGGGGCCAAAACUCCCGAGCAGAGCUUCUGCAUUUCUUCUUCAACUCUGCUGAGCCAUACCGGUAUAUGCAGUAGCGCAGCCCAAAACCAUGGCACGCUCACCUAAUAAGGACGAUGCGGUCAUCAUCGUUGGGGCCGGCAUCUUUGGCCUCAGCACCGCGUUGCACCUGUCUCGCCGGGGAUACCAGAACGUCACCGUCUAUGACAAACAGCCCUACCACGAAAGUCUGUAUUCGUAUUUUGAAGGCGCCGAUGGAGCCUCUGCAGACAUGAACAAAAUCAUCAGAUCUGCUUAUGGCGCACAAACAGAGUACCAGGGCUUGACCAUCGAGGCGCUAGAGGGCUGGACUGCUUGGAACGAGGAGCUGGUAACCGGGAAGACAGUCCCACCCGGCCUAACCACCAACGACCGCGUGUUUGUCAAUAACGGCAACCUAUCACUCUCAGACUCAGCAACCUUGCCGCAAUUCGAGCAGGACACUGUUGAUAACAUGGAGGCAGCAGGGCAUCGAAAUACUCAGCUGAUCACCAUUGAUGAGGAACAUCAAAAAAUCGCUACUGAAAAAGGAUGGUCAUUCGGGAUGGACCCGUUCCGACGUUUGCAAAGAGGUCUCAAUGCGGCCGGCGUUCUCGACACGACGGGAGGCAUGGCCGUGGCUGACAAGGCCUGUCGUUUUGCGCUACAUAAGGCUGCAAGCCAAGGCGUCAAGUUUGUGUUAGAUUCGCAAGCUGGUGCUCUUGUCUCGUUGAUUUAUGAAGGCCAGAAGGUUGUCGGGAUCAAAACCCGAGACGGUAAGACACAUCAUGGGAAGCUGACUAUUCUGGCGUGUGGAGGCUGGACACCCUCCUUACUCCCAGCCCUAGACGGCCUGUGUGAGACUACAGCAGGAUCAGUAGUGCUGCUCAAGAUCCCGCGCGAAUCGCCGCUGUUUACUCGUUUCGCGCCCGGAAACUUCCCAACCUUCACUUACAAGGUACGGGACGGCGCUGAGGGUGGUCUAUACGGGUUCCCCAGAGAUGAGAACGGCUGGCUGAAGAUCGGCUAUCGCGGGACCAAAUACACAAACCCCGUCACGCAAGCUGAUGGCAAGGAACGCAGCGUACCUGUAACGCGGUGGUCAACCGCAUCGGCGCCUGGCGACCCCAACGAAGACAGUAACGAACGCUUGACGACGAUUCCCCAGCAAGCUCUGAAAGUUUUGCGCUUGUUUUUGGCAGAGAAUCUCCCGGAGCUAGGCGCCGAGGGCAUCGAUAUUUCUUUCACUAGAGUCUGUUGGUAUACGGACAGCUAUGACAACCAUUUUGUGAUUGACCAUGUUCCCGACACCGAGGAGUCACUCAUGGUUGCGACUGGCGGCAGUGGACACGCGUUCAAGUAUCUUCCGAAUAUUGGCAACUGGGUUGUAGAUGCAGUGGAAAAAAAGGGCCAAGACCAGAUUCCACCAAAACUUUGGAAGUGGAGACAAAUUGGAAAGCAGGAGAAACCGUAUAAUGUCUUAAUGGAAGGAAGCAAGGGCCCGACAGCUCUCGGCAACGUGCCUUUGGCGGCUGAGAUAGAGGUAUCUGGUAGUUUAAAAUCUAGGCUAUAGGAUCAAGGCUAGGUCUUGGCAUCUCUUAGUCCCUAGGUGUUAGGAGCCUCAAUUACUGUAUCAUUCAAAUAAACACACACCGGAAUCUCGGUAUUUCUCCUGUGGUUCAACUUUUGGUUCAGCCCUAACGUCGACCUACAGCUAGCUGUAGAACGGAAGACAUUCAGGUGUACGCGACUCUCAGCUGAGGUUCGGCUAGUA